CACGAUAUCGGAAGCAAUCGUUUCAAGGAGCCAAUCCAUAUCUGCUAUUGUUUGUCGAGGAAAGAAAGCUUCGCGUCUUGAUUAGAAAAGAGAUAGUGAUACAGGCUGCCCUCGGCUCACCUCCAAACAUGAAUUCGAAGUCUACAAUGAAAUACAGGCAAAGUCGACGGACUAGGCAACUAACAUUUCGAAAAGUUAGGAUAAAAUCUUUCUUUUUCAUCAUGUAUGCACUCGCAUAUCUUUGCCAGAACUUGUGGAGCAACCAGUGCCCACAGCACCUUGUAAAAGCACUGCUACCAGAAUAUCCCUCCACUUUCGAGAGAAUACGGCGCGAUGUCCAUACAAGAACUUUAUCGAAGGAGGGAAUAAAUCACAGCAACUUCAACCAAAAUUUCAACAACAACAACAACAAAAACAAAAACAAAAACAACAAAGAUCCAAACUUCAUUCCAGCUCACGAACAGCUACUUUCUUCAACGAGCAGAAGAGAGCCAGGAAAUAUUUUUUCCGGCUUUUCACCGUCGCAAAGUGAUGUGUCGCCGUUGCCAUCGCCUGCUACGACAAACAUUACACCGCUUAAAGUCAUGAUAUUCAUUGACGGGACUUGGUUAUACUACAGUAUCUAUGAGCGAAGUUAUGAACGAGACGUGAUAGCACAAAAAUUAGGCAAAUAUUGGAGAGCAGAACUGACUCCUGAUUGGAGUCGUUUGCCGACUGUUGCGUGUCAAGCUCUAUUGGAAGACCCAAAGUCAAAGUGGUCUGCAAUCAUGCCAAUCGGGGCCGACGCUUCGAACGAAUCACCAUCACCUUCUACGACGACAGUACCCGCAAGGCCGAUUGAAGUUUCUAGAGUUUCGGUCUACAGUUCCAUGCACCGCGAUACCCCGAAAGAUUCGUUCCGAUAUAAAAUGUUUGCCGACAUGAUGAAGGCCGGAUUUGAUGUGAACAUGAUGGAGACCGUAGGGAAGGGAGAAAAGUGUGUUGAUAUUCAACUGGCUGUUGAUAUGUUGUACUACGCUACAGUGCCAGAUGCAUACGACGUGGCGCUUCUCCUAACGGGGGAUAGAGACUUUUUGCCGGCUGUGAUUCGAUGUCGCCAGAAAGGUCGACGGAUAGGUCUAGUGAGUAUGCGAACCGGAAGCUUGGCCUUCGAAGAUACCCCAAAUUUGAAAGACUACGAUACGAUAUGGAUGGAAGAUUACCUAUCUAAGUGGAUUAGAGAGAAGACACCGCAGGAAAUGGUCAGCAUGAACGGUCUUAGAGGAGGGAAACGCCCAUUCUCAUCUAGCACGAAUGGAACUCAACAGUUAUCACAAAUAUCAGCACACACGCUGAACAAGGUGAUAACAAACUUCAUAGAAAAAUCCGGUGCGCCUCGAGUUUCUUCCCGUGAUAUGGGAAGACAUUUGAAAGCACUUACCGUAGGUGAAAGGUCAAUGCUCGACGAAAUCAAGGCUGUCUACGGCGGACUAUAUCAAUUUUUGGUUCUUGCGGAAAUUUAUCGCGUUGAGGCAGAUUCUAGGAGAGCCUUCAAGGCCUUUUGGGUAUCCAUGCAAAUCGACAGUAAGAUGACUAAAAAGGAAGAACGAGUCAGAGAUGAGGAUUUAAGCGACAAUGAGAAGAAAUUUCUAACAAUGUAUGAGCAGUGGGUACCAACUGAUAAGAACAAAGAGUAUCAUUUUACAAUGACUGAGCCAGAUCUGAAGAAGUCACCGCAGCUAAGCGACAUUUCUUCGUCUCGCGUGAUGCCUGAAAGUUUGGAAGAUGAAUCGCCGUCCGUUGACUACACUGCGCUUACAGUCCCUGAAUUGAAAGAAAUAUGCCGCAAAAGGGGUUUGAAGGUCUCCGCGAAAAAGAAAAUAGAAUUAAUAGAGAGAAUCGAAGCUUCUGUAUCUAGUGAAAUGCAAGAGCCCGAGAUCAAAGUUGCUGAAUCGAGUCCCGAAAAAUACUUGCAGUCUUUGGUCCUUGAAUAUUUGCAUGCAUCAGGGGGGCAGGCAAGUUCUAGAGAUGUCGGACGAUAUCUAGCGGCGAACAAGGUUAGCUACGAACGACGUCGCAUCGAAGGGUCGAUGGCUCAAAGGAUGUCUGCAUUGUUGGAGCUGAAAGAGAUAUAUGGAAGUUUAAAUGCUUUCGUGAAAAACGUUCAUUAUCUUUAUACCACUUCGGGAGAAGGUCAUGAAUUCAACAUUUGUAUCGACAAGGACUCGAGACAGAAAUUAAGUUAAACAUCAUCCAUUUGUAAUAUGACUUGGUUCUGAUGGAUGUGGAUAUCGUAUACGACCUGAACUUCCUGGACGUGCGUGGAUUGACGUAAAAAAUGUAGGUGUUCCAUCAAAAACUUUUCAGUAAACUCUACGGGUUCACGACAGUCGAUGAUUGAAUCCAGGGUGUCGACAGAGUCUUGAGAUGUAGCAAUGAAGGGUGAACUUGGGAAUGGUCUUGAACCUUCGAUUGAAUCUUGACUUUCCAUAUGGAGUGAAAGUUGCGGAAUAAAAGAUUCCUCGGUUGUGGAACAAAAUCUUGUCUCAAUCUCAGUUUCUCCUCUGCAUUCCUUUUGACAGUUGUCUUCAGCACUGCCGACAUGGGCUAGGUACUGGAAUCUUCUCCGUUUCCACCAGGUACGAAACGCAAUCAGCAAUUGAAAUUUCUUUUUGCAAUCGCGAGCGAUGUACAUCGUAGUAGUGAUAGGGCUAGUAGUUUCUAUUUUUCGAAGACGAAAAAUUGUCUCGAAAGUACUGUAAUCAAUAUGACAAUGGUGUUGGCUGUUGUUCAGUCAAUUUGAAAGUAUUCGAAGACUUCAACCUUCUGUUGUGUCAAAGAGACUGCCUGAACAAAACUGCAAUUCGUCGUGAUGCAUCGAGAAUAGUUUACAAUGAUAAGAAUAGGUGUGACUUCAGAUGGAAAAAAAUAUUAAACUUCAAAACUAUGGUGGCUCAUGAGCCUUGGCAUUUCGUGUGACUGAUAAUUACAAAUUCAUUGCUGAUUAUGAGUGAUCGGAGUAUUCGUGUUGAUAUUGAAAGUAUCGGUUAUUCACUUUAAUGCUGAAACGGACAUCAAAGCGUCCUAGACUCUGAAACGUGUACUGAAUGGAAGACUUUUCACAAAAAACCUGUAGAGGUGCCCUUCUAAUAGUUCCAACAGGACACGUGGACAUUCAGCAGUGGAAUUGUACUAAGUACCAGUACUGUAGCAAACAGGAAAAAUACAUAGCGACUUGUAAAAUGUAGAUUGUGUGUAAGUGCGACUUUAAGAUUGCAAAGCUUGUUCAGUUUUGAUAAAGGGUCCUUGACCCGCGGGACUAUCGCAGUGAUGGCCUUCGAUUUUGUCGUCUUCGUGAUGAGGUAUACUUUCCCGUACUCUUACUCCUUCUUUUUGUAGAUGAGCCUUCUUUCGGUUUCUUUACUCUGUGUGAUUUUCUACUGGAACUGCUUUCUCCGUUCUCGCGACUGCUUUUUUUCUUCGAUCUCGAACCUGACGAUCCAUCGCCAGUUCGUCUACUUGGCGAUGUCUCAGAUCUUUCCGGUUUCUUGCGACGAGAUUUUUUUACUGCUACGGAUUUAUCUUUCGCUAAAGCGCGUAUUUCGGAGAGAAACCCGUCAUUGUCAACAACAAGGUCCCGUCUGCUUUUGCUCUUUUCGCCCUCUUCUUCGAGAGUUGGCCAUCCAUUUCCCUCCGUCAUACCCCAAUCAAUAUCUGCUAUAUCCUUUUUGGAUUUCGAACUACUGUCUCUGGGUUUCCGCCUACCACUGCCACUGCCACUUUCGUCACUCCUUGUUCCAGUCGUUAAGCCUGCAGGUUUUUUCGAUUUUUUUUCAUUCGAGUUAUUGCUAUUUGAAGAUGAUUCUGAACGUAUAGAAGAAGUAGGCGCCGUUUGCUGACCAAAACCAGAAGACUCGAGCUUGCUCAUGGCCAUUUGGUAAUUGAGGCGUCUUUGGGCCGCGGCACCGCCAACACUUCCUCCCGACUUGGUUGGGAUCGCACGACGAGAUGGUAGCGGCCGAACUUGGCCAAGCAUAUUUUUCACUUUCCCUCCAGCUUGGGAUGUUCCCAAGCCGGGUCUGCUCGACUCGGGAGUAGUUUCUGUCUCAGAAAUUUUCGAUAGCCGCGUACCUUUCCCUGAUCGUUCUGCGCCGAGCAAAUGCAUUGGAGUCAUGGCACCCGGUCCUUUCAGUUCGCGAUAAUGUUCUUCAUCUGCAACCUUCUGAGAAGUCAUAACAGUUGGUGU